UGGUAUAAAGCUGCCCUGGGGGAUUCUCUUGUAUAGCAGAAUGGCAGCAGCUGAAGCGAUAAGCAUUAAAGAGCUCCCUAGAGAGAAACUGGACAAUGAAAAAAGGCGAAAGAAAAAAGAGAGUGUGAUUCUGGAAAAAGUGAUCAAGCACUCUCUGCAAAGCAGGUGGGCCCUUUGGUUCUUCAAAAAUGUAAAGAGCCAGCCAUGGCAAUGUAACUUGCGUCUCGUCACUACAUUUAACACAGUGGAAGACUUCUGGUCAUUAUACACCCACAUUCAGCUUGCAAGCAAACUGUCAUCUGGCUGUGACUACUCUCUAUUUAAGGAUGGGAUAGAGCCCAUGUGGGAAGAUAGCAGGAACAAACGAGGAGGGAGAUGGCUGAUAACUCUUUCCAAACAACAAAGGCACAGUGACCUGGAUGCACUUUGGCUUGAAACACUACUGUGCCUGAUUGGAGAAGCUUUUGAUGAGUACAGUGAAGAAGUUUGUGGGGCAGUGAUCAACAUCCGGGCAAAAGGAGACAAAAUUGCAAUAUGGACUAGAGAAACUGAGAACAGAGAAGCAGUCACUCAUAUUGGAAAAGUGUACAAAGAGAGACUGGGCUUAUCAUCCAAAGUGGUUAUCGGUUAUCAGGCUCAUGCAGACACUGCUACCAAGAGCAGCUCCCUAUCCAAGAACAAGUUUGUGGUCUGAUGAACUGAAUGGACUCUACUUUUUGUUUUUGUUUGAGAGAAAGUUUCUCAUGUGGUGCAGUUUAUUUGUUAAAUAAAAAGUGAAAUUGUGUGACAUUCUAAA